AUGUUUUUUGUAAUUUACUUAACGGCAGUGGCCUAUGCAGUGGUGUAUGCUAUAUCCCUUAACAUCUAGAAAUCCAACAAAAUUUGGAUAUGAUUCUAAAGACAAUAUCUGUCCUUUAGGAAUUGCUGAUUGUUCCCCAAAAUAAUACAUUCCAUGCGAAUUCGGUUACUUCCUCUAUGUCGAUGCUUUGAAUUAGAUCAACUGUUUGCCAUGGUAUUUAGAAGUUAUCUAGUUAGUCCUUAUUUUUUGUAUUAAGACUCUUUGAAUAUUUUAUGUGGUGAUUGUUUGGAGGAUCCCUAUAAUUGGUAAUCCUCUAGGGCUUGCACUUAUAACUACCGAAUCCAAACAGGGUCUCCAGAAGAUGUGUAUUUGAGAGAAAACGUCUAGAAAACCAUAUUUUAUAUAUAGGAGAAGCCAACUUAAAUUGUAAAUCCAAAAAGACCUGUGACAUUCAAAUAUGAGCUUUCAAUUUGUGAAGGAUGCAGUGUCUUCUGUACUUUGAAUACAAAUCAAGAUGAAGGUGAUGAAGGUGAUGAAGGCGAUGAGAACAACGAUGAGAACAACGAUGAGAAUAAUGACGAGAAUAAUGAUGAGGGAGAUGAGGGAGAUGAAGGUCUAUCAUGUUUUGACAAUAAUUAAUAGGAUAACUUAUUCAAUGGGAUAUUGUGUUUGGAUCAUUACUAUUAUGAAAAUUUCGAAUGUCGAGAAUGUCAACCAAAUUGUAAAACUUGUACUUCCUCAUCAUGCCAAGCUUGCAAUGACGGAUUUUAUUUGAAUGAUUAAUCGUUAUGUUAAAUGUGUCAACCUGGUUGCAUAAAAUGUGAGUAUUCUGAUUCAAUGUUGUUAUGUCUAUAAUGUUCAAAAACAAAUACAGAAUACCUGGUUGAAAGCACUGAUUUUCAGAAUUGCAACACUUGUGGAAAUUAAUGUGCAAGAUGUGAAUACAUAUCAUAUGAUAAUUAUGAGGAAUAUGGCUACUUAGAAUAUGGAACAAGAGAUUAGUACUUUGAUCCAUAUUAUAACUACUUAUUGAGAUGUAGACAGUGUGUUUCAAAUUCACAAUUCAUCUCUUAUGAUGGAGAAACUUGUGAAGACUGCUCAAUCAAAAAUUGUCAGAUUUGUUACUAUGAAUUAGAUGAUAAGGGUCAUACAACUUUAGAAUAUGAUUUCAUUCCAAAAGCCAAUCCAAAAUCAUAAAUGUUAUGUCAUAUAUGCUCAGCUGGUUAUUAUAGAAACAAAGAGAAAACUGAGUGUAAUGAAAUUCUUGAUCCUCCUCCCUCCACUUGUAGUUCUUUUAAUAAAGAUCCUGAUGGCUCUAAUGCUUCUGACGAUAAAUGCACAUUUUGUGAUGAUAAAAUCUUAGAUUUAUCAGAUCCAGCUUCACCUUGGUGUCCAUCCAAAAUGUGUUCUAAAAUCAUAAAGAACUGUGAAAAAUGCUUCAUCCAAAAACGACCUGAAAACGAAGAUUCCACCAUGUCUUUUUGUACUAAAUGUGCAUAUGGCUAUUAUCCUGAUGUAUUUUCAGGUAAGUGUGUAGCAUGUCCAGUUAAUUGUAAGACAUGUUGGUAAUACACUCCAAGUUAUAAUUUUACAUCCUAUUUAUAAAAUUACAAUGUUAUCACCUAAGAUGACUUCUCCUUAUUCAUACUUGAACCAUAAUAAGAUGCCAAAUGCACUUAAUGUUUAGAAGGAUUCUCCCUCUAUGAUAAUUAAUGUAUGGGAUGUACCAGCAAUUGUAAGAAUUGCUAUGAAGAUGAUGAAAAAGCCUUCUGUUACAAUUGUGGCAAUAUUAAUUAGCAAUCAAUUCUUGCUGAUAUGAGUGAAUGUUAAGAGUGUCCAAAUUAUUGUGCAGCUUGUAGAGAUAGAUUAGACUCUGACCCCACUGUCAAUAGAUACUUUAAUCCAGUAAGUGAAAUACUCAACAAAUACAGUAGAAUGUGUUAUAAGUUGGGUAAAGAUGCUGAAUCUGCCUGUGUAUUUCUUGAUAAUAAAAUUGGUGUACCUGUUAAAUGUGAUAUUGCUGAGUGUCCAGCUACCAAAUAGUAUAAGUGUUUCAAUUCAGACCAGGUAGACUUAGAAUUCAAUUGUGAUACAGACUUAGAAAAAUAUAAUUCUGCUAAAACUAAGGUUUCAGUCAUCACUUUUUAGAAUGUUGACUCCUUCCAAUAAUAUCAAGAUUACAAUGAUAAAACGAUUAAGGUAUUGACAAUCAACAUGAAAUUGACUGGCGACGUAUGUCAAUUCAAAAAGGAAACCUAGUUUCAGUUUUCUUUUCGUUAAAAUGUAUUCUCCUUACAGACAGUUAUAUUAAAUAUCAAUCAGGAUCGAUUGGAUUAACAGGAUUGGAAAGUAGCUGGAUUGAUUACUUUUAAGGGAGUAUCUUAGGUUAAUUUGAAUAAAAUUAAAAUUGAAUACUUAAAGGAUGGAAAAAAUGCUGCUAAAGAGUUUGGGUUUUAUUUAAAAAGCGAAGACGAAUCCCAAUUAAUUCUUAACGAUAUUGAAUUUGUGAAGGAGAAAUACAAAAAUCAGAAACUCCUUAUUAUUGCUGAAAAUCCUGUCAAUUUCACUAUGUCCAAUGUUAAAAUCAGGAAUAUAGAAACAAAAGAUCAAGUAGUCUUAUUCAAUUACUCAUUGCGCUCUCUCAGUUAUCAAGAUAUUAAAUUGAGCAAUGUAGAAUUGACUGAUUGCAAUUACAACUUUUCAAGUAUAAUCACCUUUUCUAAUCUCGCUUCCUCCUUGUUCUUGAAAAUAAGCAAUCUGAAAAUCGCUUCGGGCAAUUUUAUAAGUUCAUCAAUCAUUAAGUCUGCCUUUCAAACUAAUAGCCUGUACUACCAGAUCGACAAAUUGAUUUUGAUGUUCAAUUACUUUUCAAAUAGUACUCUAUUUCAAUUGUCUAACCUGCAAACAUCAUAACAAUUUUCAAAUGUGGAUAUCCUCUAUAAUCGCUUUGUUAAUAGUAGGGCGUUUCUAAUGAAUUCAUUCCAGUUUUCUUCGUUUUACUUUGACAACAACAUACUCCAAAACAACUCAGUUAUAUUUUAGACUGUCAAGGAGAUGAAAACCAAUGAUUAAUUAUAGAGUUCACUGUUGGAGUACAAACUAGAUAAAAUCAAGAUUGUCAACUCUAAUUGCUAUUCAAUAAAUUGCCUGAUGAUCAUGAGUACUCCAAUAAACACAUAUUCUAUAACCUCAAUGCUCACUAUAAGCAACUUAUAAAUCACCAAUAUUGGGUUAUCUGAUAUCAGUUAAUAAAAUACUUUUCUGACAACAUCAGCAUUAAUAAGUUGGAAUACAUUCUCAGAUGUCAAACUAUCGAAUGCUCAAUUCGAUAAUGUGUAAGGAUUAACAAUAUUCUACAUUUCUACAAUCAAGUCCUUAACAAUUACCACAUUAAAAUACGAUUGGAGUCAAACCAAUUAUUACAAAUAACAAGUAAGUCCAAUUAAUAAUCUAAUCCCUACAACAACAGACUGUUCGGAUCGCAAAGUUACAGCUACCUCAUUCUCCUACAUAUUGUUCUUUAUCUAUCAAUUUUCAAGUUCAGUCUCAAUUUCUGAUGUUUUGGUGCAAAGACAAUUAUUUAUAGAUGCUUCAAUAUUCUACAUUCAAUCAUACGAUGUAGCCUAUUAAAACACUACAAAUGGUAACACAGUCGAGAGCAUUAACUUAUCUGGAUUCCAAAUAUUCAACAAUUCCUUGGUGUCCACUAAAAAAGGUUUGUUUUCUGGUUGCCUAACGAUCUAAUCCAAUCAAAUUUAGAUGAUCACUAUGGAUAAUCUAAACUUUCAGAGUAAUCAUCUCUAAUAGCUCAUAUCCAAAUAGACCAUAGUCAUAGUCACUCUCUUCGAAAUAUCAUCUCCAAGAUCAACUGUUCAGAUGACCAACUUUUUGUCAGAAUACAACAGAGCCAUCAAGAGUGAUUACGGUUUAAUUAAAAUCGAUUGUCUUAAAAUAGUGAUCAACAAUGCAACAUUUAGAUACACCAAUAUAAUAGAUAGAUAAUGGGUGAAGAGAGUUGAACCUAAUCUCAUUAUUACAGACGAUGACAUAAACUCAUUCUUUGAAGUAAAGUCAUACGGAACAAUAAUGGACUUGACAACUACCGUAGCCUCGAUUUCUCAGGUUUUCAUCAAUUAUACAUAUGGAAUCUAGGCUGGGAUAAAAUUAACAACAAUUGGAAUAUCGAAUGUUAAAAUCACGAAUUCCUAAUUAAAAAAUAUCUUCAGUAGUUUAGAAUUGAAACACUCAUCCAUAGGAGGAAGCUUCUAUAUUGAUUCGAGUUUGUCAGAUCUGACUUGUCUCAUUUCAAAUUUAAGUAUUGUCAUCAGCAGAGUCAGAUAAACUGGGGGUUGUAUCUACGUGUUGGCUUCAAAUAAAAACUAAAAUAUCACAAUUCAAAAUUCUUAUUUCGAGUAAUGUUAAGCCUUGGAUACUUCAUUUAUGAGAGUGGAUUUCUUGGCAGAUGCUUCCUUCCAAUAGGUGUCAUUAGAAGAAGUGAGUGUAAUUGAUAAUAGUAUCGACAAAUUGAUUAGCGUGACUCCUUAGAUCUAAGUAUUUGAAUACUUAUACUUUUUGCAAACCAGCAGUGUCUAUACAUAAACAAGUGGCAGAUUGAUAAUUGGAGAUUCAUUGUUUCAGUAAAUCAAUUAUACAUCUGCCUUGUAAUUGAAUCAGAUUAAAUUAUUGUACAUCAAUAAAUUAUCUAUAUUGAAGGGAUUCCUAUUUUACAAUCCUUUGCUCUCUUUAAGCUUAUUGCAAUCAGGUGGAUAAGCAUACAUAGGUAAUUUGGACAUCAUUGAGUUCUAGGAAACCGCAUACACAUUCACUACUCAAUAUAAUUGUUCUUCCUUAACUCCUCCAUCAUUUUCGUAUAUCAUCCCAGAGUAAAAUUGCGAUUAGAUAAUAUCACUUCAAGACUAAUUGGAUGAACUAAAUGAUGAUGACGAAAUCUAUGAAUACUAUGAUGAAAGUUUAGAAGAUAAGUACAAGAAAUUGAGUCCAAGUAGUAAAUAUGUUCCUGCAUAUAUUUCAAUAGCGAAGUUGGAUAAAAUAUCUGAUAUAAUAAGUGUAGUGAUCACUCUGAAUUCACAACUAGUGAGUUGCAUAAUGAACAGCAUUUUGUAUUUAAGUAAACAACUGAACUUGGAUAACUUUUCAUCUCUGUUUUAUGUAUCAGAAGUUAAUGAUAAUCACAUAAUUCAAAUUAAGAAAAUACAAUUGGUUUAAAACAAAUGCUUAUAAUGUAGAGGAGGGUUGUUCCAAAUAAGGAGUGUGUCUGACACAAACACGAAAGAGUUGAUAUCUAUUACGGAAUUCUUUUGUUAAUAUAACACAGUUGGGUAUUACGGUUGCGCAUCACUUUUAUUUGAAGACGUCAUUCAAGAUGUUACAUUGCUGUCUGAAAUCAUUGAUGAAAGCAUUCAACAAUCCAGACUUCUAUAAGCAUCCGAUGUUUCAUCUUUAAAUCACACUAUACUUAUUUCCAGUUAUGAAUGUAAUAAUAAUUUGGCCAGAGCUGGAGCUUGUUUAAAUCUGAGAGGUGUUACUGCAAUAGUGCAAGAAAGCCAAUUCAGUAGUAACAAUGCAUCUCUGGUUGGAGGAGCUAUCUAUUUUGAAAAUCUAGGUUCUAAUAACAUGUACUUGCAGAAUAAUUAAUUUGUUAACAAUUAAGCUUAAAUUGGAGGGGCUAUCUAUUUAUUGAAUUAUCAACUAAGUAAUACUGAUAAGUUGGGCUUAAGUUUCGAUAAAAACUCAGCAGAUGAUGGAGGAACUGACAUUUAGGAACUCACGAUAUACCAAACAUUGCAAUUAAUCGAUAUUCCUUUUGAAUGUGCCACUUAUAUGGGAUAGGAUGGAGAUGAAACCGAUGAUGGAGCUAUCGAUAAUACUAGUAUUGUAAUCAAGGACAAUAUUACUUUGGAAUAUCAUAAGAUUGGUAAUUAUCCACAAGCAACCAAUCUCUUGAUUUUACCAUCAGGUCAAAGAAUCUCAAAGUACAUGUACUUUUAUGAGGUUACACAAGAAUAAGUCCCUUUUGAAUGGGUGUUUAGAAUUAUCAAUCUGAAUAGAUUCGGAGAUGUUGUAAGGAACAGUAAACCAGAUGAGAGUUGUGUGAUAGAUGGCAGAAUUUAGAAUUAGUCAUCUUACAAUGAUCUUUUGUCAUUUAGCAAUAAUUUCACUAUUCCAACCAAAGUGAACUACAAUCCAGAUAAAGGAGGAUAUGAUAUGGAUGAUUUGAUUCUCAUUUUCGAUCCCUAAGCUCCAUCUGAUUUGUAUUUGGAACUUCGAUUCACAUGCAAUUCUGUUUAAUUACCCAUUUACAAUACAAAACCACCUUAUGAAAUUCUUGGAUUCAAUAAGAAUUAUGAAUUGUAUGCUAGAAUACGUACAUUCCCAUGUUAAAUUGGUGAAGCCUACGAUUCUUAGCAAUGUAAAGCAUGUCAAAAAUCAGAUCUUGCCUAUUCUGUUGAGAUAGACUCUGUAUAAUGCAAAUAAAUGAACAGACUAACCAUGAGAACAGUCUCACCAACUGGUAUCAAUUUGAUCCAAGGCUAUUGGAGACCCGUCUUUUCUAAUGAUCAGGUUGAAUAUUGUGUAAAUCUACCCAAUAAUUGCAAUGGAGGUUGGAUUCCUGGUAACCCCUCUUGUUAUACUGGCCAUAAUGGAGCAUUGUGUGAAUCCUGUGAUAUAUACAUGAUUCAAAAUGAAGAGAGAUGGGCUCCCUCUGAUCCUUACAAAUGUGGAUUGUGCAAGGAUUCAGAGAAGUACAAUUUGAUCAUCAUCAUUGCAAUCUCUGUUUUGACCAUGGUCUCAACCAUCAUGUCAGUCAAGGGCACCUUCGAAGCUCUCCAACUUCAAAUUGUGGAGGAUAUUAUCAAAAUGUUUGGCAGAAGACUUAAAUCAGAUUCUUCCAACUUAGCCACCAUGGUCCAAACACUCACCAACUAUUUCCAAAUCGUGCAAAUCGUAAUGACCUUCCAAUUAUAAAUACCAAAUGGUGUAGAUACUGCUACCAAAACAGCUGGUAAUCCCACUGGCUCCAUGGCCUAUUCACUUGAUUGUCUACUAAUCAAAAUAUCAGACAUUGAAUUGCUCUACUUUAAGAUGGUCUGGGCUUUGGUUAUGCCCUUGUGUUAUUUGGGUGCUAUCAUUUUGGGAUACCUCAUUAUAUGUAUCAUCGGAGUCACCAAAUUCUCAUAGUCCAUUAUAUACACUGCCUUGAUUUACAUGUUCUUAUACAUGCAUCCUACUCUUGUACAAGGCUUCAUCUCUUAGGCUUCCAUCAGAACUAUCAGUGGUCUGCCAUGGGUCAAAGCAGAUGUUGGAUAUAGAUAUGAUAGUGAGCUCCACAGUUAUUGGAUGGCUCGCUUUAUUGGACCUAUGCUCAUCAUUUGGGUCAUUGCAUUGCCUGGGUUAUUUAUGUUUUUGGUUUGGCUUAAAAGACAUAAACUUGAUCUGAAGCAAACCAAAAUGACCCUUGGUUAUUUCUAUAGAGAAUACUCUAAGGAUAGUUACCUUUGGGAAUUUGUUAAGAUCUUUUAAAAAGAAUUCUUUGUUAUCAUAUUGGUCUACUACGAAGAAUAUGUUAUCAUAAAAGGCUUACUGAUAGUUUUAGUGCUCUUUAUUUAUGGAUGGUACCAAGUCUCUGUUAGUCCCUACGGUAGUAAAAAAUUAAAUGAAAUUGAUCGCUACUCUACCAUGGUGUGUGCAGCUACUCUUUGUUUGGGUGUCUUAAUGUACGGAGCUCAACUUAAAGAUUAUUACUAUCUUUAGGUCAUCAUCCUAAUCAUCUUAGCAUUACUCAACCUCUGGUUUAUUAUCAUGUGCAUUCUACAAAUAUUCUAGGGCUACCUAAUCCAAUUCUAAGUAAUUUUAUAUUAUUACUCAUAGGACUAAUUGGAUAUGAUUAGAGAAAAGCUUCUCAAAUCCAAGCCGGAAUUAAAAGAGAAAAGAGGAUUUAUUGGGAAGCUGCUCAUCCAUAGAGGAAAUAUGAAUAAGAGAGUCAAAUCAUUGUGGGAAUUACUAAAAUCAAGAACUAUUGCAGCUGUUAAGAUUACCAAACUAUCUCAAGAUAUUUAAUUUGAGGAUGCUUUUGAAUACGUGAGUUAAAAUAAGAUUGAGCCAACCCAAGUUUGCAAAGUUUCAUCAAAAAAACAAUUUGAAUAACUAAAUAGUCACGAAAAUUAUUGA